CUUUCUUUUCACUUUCUUCGUUGUCUCUCUCUGUCUACACGCUUGUUGCUGUGUUGUGUGUGCCCACUUCCUCUCUCUCUUCUCUCUCUUCGCACCAUAACCUUUUCAUCUUUAACAGAGGAAGAAGCUAAACUCUUCCAAGUUAAUUUUAGCUUCAAAGUUUUUAGAAACCCCAUCCUAAAAGCUCCCUUUCUAUUUCUAAGCAUUGAUCUAAAUCAAACAAGCUUAUAUAAACUAAACCCCAUAAAUAAAAAUCAAACCUUUUAUUUUUUUUUUAAUUUUCCUCUGUUUUUGACUUUCCCCUGUUUUCAAAUGGUGGUGAAGAUGAUGAAGUGGCGGCCAUGGCCGCCGCUAGUUACUAGGAAAUACGAGGUGAAGCUAACGGUGAGGAGAUUAGAAGGUUUGGAUCUGAUGAGCUCAGCAGCUGAGAAGGAGAGAUUGACGGUGGAGAUUCGGUGGAAAGGGCCUAAGGCGACGUUGGGAUCUCUGAGGAGGUCGUCGGUGAAGAGGGACUUCACAAAGGAAGCUGCUGUGGCGGGGGAAAGCGACGUCGUUUCGUGGGGAGAGGAAGAGUUUCAGAGCUUGUGCUCUCUCACUUCUUAUAAAGAGGAUACUCUGUUUUAUCCUUGGGAGAUUGCUUUCUCUGUUUUCACCAAUGGAAUGAAGCAAGGGCAGAAGAAUAAAGCUCCUCUAGUUGGAACAGCAUCUUUAAAUCUAGCUGAAUACGCACGUGUAACCGAUCAAAGAGAGUUUGAAUUAAAGAUUCCUCUCACGCUCUCUGCUUGUAUAGCCUCUGAGCCACAUCCCUUACUCUGUGUAUCAUUGAGCCUCCUUGAGCUUAGAACCACACCAGAAACCUCAGACUCACAAACAGCUGUCGUCCCUGUCCCAUCUCCACCACCAGAAACCCACCAAACCGAGAAGGAAGAUGUUUCUGCAAUCAAAGCAGGUCUAAGAAAAGUCAAGAUCUUUGUUUCCACAAGGAAAGCAAAGAAGGCUUGCCACCGGGAGGAAGAAGAAGAAGCAGAAGAAGGAGGUAGAUUCUCAAGCUUUGAAUCAUCAGAAUCACUUGACCUUUCCGAGGAAGCUUCUGAUGAAUGCAAAGAAGAUUUGAUGAGUGUGAGAAAGUCUUUCUCCUACGGACCUUUGUCUUAUGCAAACGGUGUUGGAAGUUCGUUAAACCGUUGCACAGAAGUUAGAGAAGAAGAUGAAGAUUGGGUUUAUUAUAGCCACAGGAAGUCUGACGUAGGAGGAGGAGGAGGUUGCUGCUCUGACGUUGAAGAGGCUUCUUCUAGUUUGGUGUAUGAGACAUCAUUACUUCUUCCACGUCGUAGCAUAUUGCCAUGGAGGAAGAGGAAGCUGAGCUUUAGGUCUCCAAAGGCCAAAGGAGAGCCUUUGUUGAAGAAAGAUAAUGGAGAAGAAGGUGGAGAUGACAUUGAUUAUGAUCGGAGACAACUUAGCUCAGAUGAAGCUCUUUUGAGGAGCAAAACAGAUGAAGAAUCUUCAUCAGCAAAUCCUACACAAUCUUCAUUCUUGGAGUUUGGAGACGACAGUUUCGCUAUUGGAAGCUGGGAAGAGAAAGAAGUGGUAAGCAGAGACGGACACAUGAAGCUUCAGACAAGUGUCUUUCUUGCUUCCAUCGACCAGAGAAGCGAGCAAGCAGCUGGUGAGAGUGCAUGCACAGCUCUUGUAGCUGUUAUCGCAGAUUGGUUCCAAAAGAACAGUAAUCUCAUGCCUAUCAAGUCUCAGUUCGAUAGUUUAAUCAGAGAAGGCUCAUUAGAGUGGAGAAACCUCUGUGAAAACGAGACCUACAUGCAGCUAUUCCCUGACAAGCAUUUUGAUCUCGACACUGUGUUACAAGCAAAGAUCAGGUCUCUAACUGUUGUCCCAGGGAAGUCCUUUGUCGGUUUUUUCCAUCCAGAAGGGAUGAUCAAUGAAGGAUGCUUCGAGUUUCUGCAAGGAGCUAUGUCUUUCGAUAGCAUUUGGGAUGAGAUUGAUAAUGAUGACUCUCCUCCGCGUGUUUACAUUGUGAGCUGGAAUGAUCACUUCUUUGUACUCAAAGUUGAAAACGAAGCUUAUUACAUCAUUGACACGCUUGGAGAGAGGCUUUACGAGGGUUGUGAUCAAGCUUACAUUUUGAAGUUCGAUGAUAAAACCGUUAUCCACAAGAAUGUCCAAGCAGAGGAAUCGGAAUCUGAACCUGUGUCUGAACCAGAGGUUGUGUGCAGAGGGAAGGAGUCAUGUAAAGAGUAUAUUAAGAGCUUCUUGGCGGCGAUACCGAUAAGGGAGUUGCAAGAGGAUAUCAAGAAAGGCUUAGCCUCGACUGUUCCUGUGCAUCAACGCUUACAGAUCGAGUUUCAUUACACGGAGAUGAGUAGAGACAAUGAUGUCGUCGCUCUCUGA